AUUUUGGAUCUCCUUAACUAUAUAAAUGGGGAACUUUAUUACAGUCAUCAAAUUAAACUCUAAAUCAUGAAGUCUUCUUCCCAAUUAAUCCCUCUUUUUCUUGUACUCACUAUUGUUUUAUCUGCAUCUCCUUCAUGGGUUUCAGCAUUUCCCCAUAAACAUCAAAACUUUGUUCAAUGUCUUUCAGAGCAUUCUUCAAAGAGUUAUCCCAUUUCCAAAGUGGUUUAUACUCCAAUCAACUCUUCUUAUUCUUCUGUUUUGAACUUCUCCAUUCGAAACCUCCGAUUCUCAAAGCCUGAAACCCCAAAGCCACUCCUUAUUAUCACUCCCUCACAUGUUUCCCACAUUCAGGCAGCUGUCAUAUGCUCCAAAUCCCAUGACUUACAAAUCCGAACUCGAAGCGGCGGCCAUGACUACGAGGGUCUUUCUUACGUUGCCUAUCACCCAUUUAUCAUCGUUGACCUUAUAAAUCUCAGAUCCAUUUCUAUUGACAUUGUAAACAACACUGCAUGGGUUGAGUCAGGUGCAACUCUAGGCGAACUUUACUAUAGAAUUGGUGAAAAAAGUCGAACCUUGGCAUUUCCAGCGGGUAUUUGUCCAACAGUUGGCGUCGGUGGGCAUUUCAGCGGCGGUGGAUAUGGAUUCCUGCUGAGGAAAUAUGGACUUGCUGCUGAUAAUGUGAUAGAUGCAUAUUUGGUUGAUGCAAAUGGGAUGGUUCAUGACAGGGAAUCUAUGGGAGAGGAUUUGUUUUGGGCCAUUAGAGGCGGCAGCGGGGGGAGCUUUGGAAUUGUGGUGGCCUGGAAGGUCAAGCUGGUACCGGUUCCGGCCAUGGUAACGAUUUGCUCUACUAUAAAAAAUUUGGAGGAUGAUGCAGUUAAGGUGAUCCAUCAGUGGCAAUAUGUGGCUAACAAAUUACAUGAAGAUAUAUUCCUUGGCAUCGUUUUGACUGGUGGAAAUACUUCAACUCAAGGAGGCAUAAAGAACCCAAUAAAGAACCCAAUAGCAACAUUCUACUCAUUAUUUCUUGGAAAGGUAGAUGAACUUGUGGCAACUUUAUCAACAAAAUUUCCUGAAUUAGGAUUAAUAAAACAAGAUUGUCUCGAAGUGAGAUGGGUCGAAUCAACCCUCAUCAUCGCCUCUGGAGUAUUUCAAACUAUCGAGUCAUUAGAACCUUUACUCAAUAGAACACCUACCACCCUCGAUAGCACAAAAAUCAAAUCAGACUACAUCAAGAAGCCCAUCCCCAAGGCAGCAAUUGAGGGCAUAUGGCAAAGAUUAAAGGCUCGUGAUAUAGAAGGACCACAAUUUGUUUUUGCACCUUAUGGGGCGAGAAUGAGUCAAAUUUCUAAAUCAGAAACUCCAUUUUCACAUAGAGCUGGAUAUUUAUACCAGAUUGGGUACAUGGUAGGUUGGAAGGGACAAAAUUUAAAGGCAAAAAAUAGACAUAUAAGUUGGAUACGAGAGCUUUAUGAGUACAUGGCUCCUUUUGUUUCAAAAUCACCAAGGGCUGCAUAUGCUAAUUAUAGAGAUCUUGAUAUCGGAAGUAACAACAAAUAUGGAAAAACAAGCUAUAAGCAAGCAAGCAUCUGGGGAUUGAAGUAUUUUGGGAACAAUUUUAAGAGAUUGGUAUACGUUAAAACUAAGGUUGAUCCUCAUGAUUUCUUUAGGCAUGAACAAAGUAUACCUACCCUCUAGUUGACUGCUGACCUAAUAUUUAGUGAUAAAAUUAAAUCCAACUUGAUCCUUAUUUGUCAAAUAUGCCACCCAAAACCCUAUUGGUGUAACAAAAUAAAGGGUUAUGUAAGUACGUACUUUAUGUAUACUUCUUUGUCAUUUCUUUCAAUGUGUGUGCCUUGCAGUAAAUAAAGUGGUUUUGGAUUCAAUAUA